AUGCAGAGAUACGCGAGGGGGGGUGGAGAGGGUGGGGGGCGCGCUGGUCGGAAAACCAAUUUGUGCGCUCCCUGGUGGGCUGACACGGGGCGCGCGCCUGCCACUCACUCGCACAGGCGCGCACACGUCCAGCGCAGGCCGAGCGGACAGGGGUCAGGAGCUCUCCAAACUACUCCAAUUACCACAGCAGUAAACACAGGCUGCCCCACGGCCUCAUGGGAGAGCCGGCCCGCGGAAGCACCGGGGAAACUGAGGAAGAGCAGACUGUGGCAGGUUUGGCAACAGUUUGUCCAUGUGCCACAGAACCCGGUGUUGGAAUGUGUCGUAUUCCUGCGUCCUCUGUGCGGACCGGACGCAGACGUGUGUAAAAACCAGGAGCUCUGGGUUCCUGUCCGCUCCGUCGGGAUCACAGGAAAGCGACGGAGCGAGACCACGCCAGCCCCCGGACAAUCUCUGCAGCUCUUUGAAGGGCCGUCUCUAAUCCACAGCUCUGAGCCUGGUGGAGCUCUGCCACUUCCACAACUUCUCUGGACGCAAAACACUGGUCCUCCACCCCCCUCUCUCCCCCCUACUCCCUCCUCUGCCCAUGUCGCUGCAACAGAGACCCCCGAGAGUCCGCGAAGGAGGGAGGAAGAGGGUUUGAAAUGCGAUUGUGUUGGAGCGGAGCAUCUGCAGAGCCCGAAGGCCCGUCAUCGCAUUCCGCCACGGCGCGCUAGCAUCAGGCGCUUUGGCAUCAGGCGCUACACCCUUCAAAGUCCGCGCGCAGCACACGGUCCCCCCGCUCCGCGCCGCCACGGCUUUCCUCCGGCGGUCUUCUCCUUAUCUGGUUCUGUUGUGGUUAGCUGCACGGCUCAGGCGGGUCUCUCAUGCGGGAUUGAGUGA